UGUCUGAAAAAUCAAACAUCUCUUGACUCAUCAGUGAUGCUAUUGAGGGGACGGAAAAUGCAAUAUCAAGAGAAGAAAACAAAUUCAGCCUUGAGGAGUAACAAUAAACAAACUGAAAGCAAGGAGGGAGAAGAUGAUGACAAGGAGGACGAUGAAGAAGGAUUUGUGACUCUAAUCCGUUUCUCAGAAGAGAACCCAACAGGAAGAGCAACAGCUCUUUUGAACUGGAAACUGCUGAUGGUGGAACUGAUGCCCGAAGAAGAUGCAGUGUUUGUACUUCUGCUUUGUGUUUCCAUUCUCGAGAGUGUGUCUGAGAUGAGAAAGAUGUGGGGCGUUUGUUGAUUAGGAGGAGAAUAAGGGAAGCAAGAGUUGGUGCUAGAGACUGGAGUUCUGUAGUUCUUCAUCCUUCAGGUUCUUCUAUUUCUUCACCUUAUUUACAGCCAUGGCACUGGAAUGCUAACCUAGUGAUGGCAGCAUCAGAUGCAGCAACCAAGAAUCUUUCCAGGCAGCCUGCACUGAAUUAUUCUCCAGCAGAAGGUGGAGAUAAGUUGUAUAAGGGAUGAAUCAUUGCAUGAAAAAUUGCGUUAAUUUAUUUUACAGAAACCCCCCCUGAAUUGUAAUGGCACUCCGGACUAUGAUAAAGUUUACAUCUUCUUUCUAACAGACCCAGACUUGAUUCCCCAAGAUUUUGUAUAUUUUUCAAAUCUUUGGACUAAAGUGUAAGGCUUUCC